UCCAAGAUAUUAGACAGGGUUUCUAGGCUGUAGUUACCCCAGCUUUCUCCAUCUCCCUCAAACUCUCCAAAGAUGCUCAACACUAUUGACUAACAAGAAGGGCAUCAUGAGAUUAUACCAAUCUUUCCGAUAUCGGUGCUUAUAUUCGAACAUCAGCGUCGUGACGAUUCAUUUGUGACUGUUAAAGGUUCCAAAGAAAGGAAGCAGACACAAAAAUGAAAAAAAACAACAUUAAGAUCUGAAAUCUGAUACAAGUUGCAUUAUUGUUUUAAAUCAUUUCCAUUUCCCUAUCAGGCAAAAGGCUAAGCUUAUAUAUAUGUGUGUGUGUUUUCACUACUAAAAUCAUAUUUUACAAGUCUGUGGGCAGGCAUCAUAUUGUAGAAAAAUGAAGCCUGUUGUGGUAAUGCUUUCAAUAAAUCUUGCACUUGCUGGUGUGAACAUACUACUUAAGGAGAUUCUUAAUGAAGGGAUCAGUCAGCUACUCAUUGUCGUGUAUCGGCAAACCAUUUCCUCGCUUUUCUUGUUACCAAUUGCUUAUUUUUGGGAAAGGAAAACUAGACCUCAGCUUACAGUCUACAUCUUAUUUCUCCUUUUCAUCAGCUCCUUGCUUGGGUUAACACUAACACUAUACCUAUUCCUAAUUGGUCUACACAUCACAUCUGCAACUUUCUCUUGUGCAUUUCUCAACCUAGUGCCCGUAAACACGUUCAUUCUAGCCGUAUUGUUCCGUAUGGAAAAAGUGGAUAUGAAAAGAAGGGGUGGAAGAGCCAAAGUGCUAGGGACUCUGGUGUGCAUUUCAGGAAACUUAAUUUUGAUUCUUUACAAAGGAAUGCCACUGACGAGCCCGGGAUCGGCAACCGGGAAACUGAACGGAGCUGGUGCAACGGUUGAAGCUGAAACACCAGGAAAAUGGUUAAUAGGUUCAUUGGUUUUGACUGCAGGCUGCUUUAUGUGGUCAUCUUGGUUCCUUAUGCAAUCAAGAGUUGGGGAAGUUUGUCCAUGUCAAUAUUCUAGUACUUGUAUUAUGUCCUUUUUCAGUGCCAUUCAAUCAGCUGUUUUGCACUUGAUUAUAGACAGGAAGAACUCUUUGUUCAUUGUGAAAGGGAAGUUUGCUAUCUUAAGUCUCGUAUAUGCUGGAUCAGUGGGUUCAGGGUUGUGUUAUGUGGGGAUGUCUUGGUGUGUAAAGCAAAAAGGGCCAGUUUUUACAGCUGCUUUUACCCCUUUUAUGGAGAUUUUUGCUGCCAUAUUUGAUUUCUUCAUCUUACAUGAACAGAUUCACCUAGGAAGUGUUGUGGGGUCAGUGUUGAUCAUAAGUGGAAUGUACAUUCUUCUUUGGGGUAAAGAUAGAGAUGCAAAGGAGUGUAUAUUAAAGCAAACUAUAUCAGUGGAAGAAGGCUAUCAUAAUUCAAACAUGCCAUCAACAAAUGCAGAUGCAUUGGAGCACAAAUAAUUUUUUUUUUAAAUAGUUUUAUGGAGAAUUGCAAAUAUACCAAGUCCAAAAAUUAUUAGAUAUAGUAUAAUAUAAAAGAAUUUGCAGUUAUAGUAAAA